AAAAAAACAUAAAAGAGGGAGAAGAAGGAAUCAGGGAAGCCAGCAGGAAGACAAGCGAAUGGGAAAGCUAAGAAUCUUUUGUCAGCUAACCGAUGUGCAGUACCAAAUGUUAUAAAUUAAGAAUGAUUCCAAGUUCAGUGCAUGACAGACAUGUCAAGACAUGCAUGCCGUAAAUGUAGCAGAGAUGCGAUGUACUAGACUUUCAAACAGAGUUGACUUAACCCCACUCUAUAAAUGAAGAUCUCCACAGCACUCAAGAAUGGCACCCACUAGAAACUUACGGUAUAAAACCAAGAAUGGAGGAAGAUAGAAGAAGCCAUGCAAUAGCCCUUCUAUCAAGCCCUGGGGUGGGACAUCUCAUCCCACUGGCUGAGCUUGCCAGGAGGUUGGCUCGAGAUCACCAUUUCACCGUCACGCUCAUCACUCAAUCCGCCGGACCAAUCUCCGAGGUUGAACAGAACCUCACUGACUCCAUCCCUAAAGAUAUCAACGUUGUGUCCUUGUCUCCUCCUAGUCCAAGUUCCAUUCCUGAUGGUCUUGAGCUUGGACCUCUCAUCUUUCUCACCAUUAACCAUAACAUACCUCGUGUUCGUGCAAUCCUUCAAUCACUGGCCACGUCCAGUGUUUCACCACUCGCUGCUCUGGUAGUUGAUCUCUUCUGCGUAGGUGCUUUCAGUAUCGCACAAGAGAUCGGUGUGCCACCUUACAUGCUUUACACCUCGCCAUGCAUGAUGCUAUCUUUCUGUUUAUAUUUGCCUACUAUUGACGCUAUGUACCAAGUUGAGUAUAAGGAUCUAACUGAACCGUUGUGUUUGCCGGGGUGUGUGCCAUUACAUGGGAGGGAUUUCCCUGACCCUCUACAUCAUGGUAGAAACAGUGAGCCAUAUAAAGGGGUUCUAUGGCUUGUCAAUCAGUUCCCCAGAGCUAAGGGAAUUCUGGUGAAUACUUUUCAAGAGUUAGAGCCAGGAGUUAUCAAAGCUUUGAAGGAUGAUGCUACUGUACCUGCCAUCUAUCCUGUUGGACCACUGAUAAGAAGUUGCACGCCUGGACCUACAAACGGAGGAGACUGUUUGGCAUGGUUGGACAAGCAAAACAGAGGAUCAGUGCUAUUUGUGUCCUUCGGGAGUGGAGGCACACUCAGCGCAAAGCAGCUGAAUGAAGUGGCUUGUGGUUUGGAGAUGAGUGGUCAUCCAUUCUUGUGGGUUGUCAAAAGCCCCAACGACCAUGACGCUGCUGGUACCUUCUUCAGUGUUCAAAGUAAAACAGAGCCUUUGGCUUUCUUGCCCCAAGGUUUCUUAGAAAGGACCAAGGAUUCUGGUCUUACAGUGCCUUCAUGGGCUCCUCAAAUAGAGAUCCUCAGCCAUGAGUCAACUGGUGGAUUCCUCACUCACUGUGGGUGGAACUCUGCACUUGAGAGUAUGGUGAAUGGUGUGCCUUUGAUUGUAUGGCCACUCUAUGCUGAGCAGAGGACUAACACAGUGCUGCUAGUGGAUGAUGUUAAGGUGGCAUUGAGGCCUAUAGCUGAUGAAAAUGGUUUUGUUACAAGAGAGGAAGUUUCCAGGGUCAUCAAGUGCUUAAUGGAAGGUGUUGAAGGGAAGAGGCUAAGAGCUAAGAUGGCUACUGUUUCUAAUCAAUCAUCUCAUGCAACAAGUACUACAGGCUCUUCUUCAGAAUCACUUUGUGAGAUUGUCCUUGAGUGGAAGAACAACAAAUGAGCCAGUCGAUUACUCACCUGUACUUCUUGAAGAUCACAAUCCUUGAUUAAUUCCUUGAUUGCAAUCAUUUAUCGUUGAAAUGACUUUUAAUUAAUAUUUGUGGAAAAGCAAAA